AUGCUUUCUCUUCUGUCCACGACACUCCUUUUUGCGCAGCUCAUUGCAGCAAGUCCUGCGCAAUGCAACCCCAGGGCCCUGAACACCACGACUGGUACCUAUGCCGUCGGCGCAAAUGAAACCAUUUUCUCUGUGGCAGCCAAAGUCAACCGCGGUGCUUGUGACAUUGCCCGCGCCAACGCCAUGGCGGACGCAGAACUCGUCUACGAAAGCGAAGAACUUUACAUUCCUGCUCAAGUGUGCAACCCAGACAACUCGACCUGCCUCUUGACUCCACAGAACGCGACCCGCGACUGCAUCUUUGGCGGGCUGCACACCUACAGCACUUUCAAAGGCGACACGAUCGCCAAGAUUGCCCUGAACAAGUUCAACAUCACGGUGGAAUCAUUGUGGAGCCUUUCUGGGAAAAUGUCCCAUGUCUCAUCGCCCGAUGAUGAGCUCGAGGAAGGUCUUAGUCUCAAACUCCCGCAGUGCGACCCUAGUACCUGCUCGUUCAAACCGUACGAUUUCUCCUACGGAACAUACAAAGAUCUAGCUGAAAAAUACGGCACUACCCCCGGGCAAAUCUUUGCCCUCAACCCCUCUUUCAACCACAGCAGUGGAGUUCCCGAAGCGGGGGCAUGGAUUUCUCUUCCGAUGGAUUGCAAGCCUACUGCAAGCAAUUUCACUUCCGUGUCGUGA